UUUUGCUCCUACUUUCCCGUCCUCUUCCUUGCUCUUUUCCGUUUGGUGCUGCUGAGAGAGGGAAAGAAAGAGACGUCGGCGAUGGCGCCGCUGAGGCGGGCGGCGACCGCGGCGGAGGUACUGCUGGCCCUUACGGGACUUCUUCUUCUCGUGCUCUCUCCCGCGGGGGCAGCAACGGCGGCGGUGGAAGGAGGAGAGCUCAGGAUGAAGCAAUCUGAUGGUGGUUACUCUUACAAUAGUACUCUUGCUCAUGUUCUUGUCGAAUAUGCAUCUGCUGUGUAUACAUCCGAUCUAACCUCACUUUUGACAUGGACUUGUCCAAGGUGUGAAGGUCACACAAAGGGUUUUGAGAUGAUCGAGAUCAUUGUAGAUAUAGAGAAAUGUCUCCAGGCUUUUGUUGGAGUUGCCCCUGAUCCACAAUCCAUAAUAAUUGCUUUUAGAGGCACCCAAGAACACAGCGCCUCAAAUUGGAUUGAGGAUCUCUUCUGGAAGCAGCUAGAUGUAACUUAUCCAGGCAUGCCUAAUGCAAUGGUCCACCAUGGAUUUUAUUCUGCAUAUUAUAAUACAACUCUGCGGCAUGAGAUCUUGAAAUCUGUUCAGUGGGCAUGGAAGAUAUAUGGAAGACUACCCAUAAAUGUUGUAGGUCACUCUAUGGGAGGGGCUUUAGCUUCAUUUUGCGCCCUUGAUCUUUCCGUUAAAUGGGGGUCACACAAAGUUCAGCUCAUAACUUUUGGACAGCCUCGGGUAGGCAAUCCUGCUUUUGCAGAAUACUUCAAUGAGCAGGUUCCAAGAACAAUCCGCGUGACCCAUGAAAAUGAUAUUGUUCCACAUUUGCCACCAUACUUUUAUUACCUAGGCGAAUGGACAUAUCACCACUUUGCAAGAGAGGUUUGGCUUCGCGAGACCAUAGUAGGAAAUGUGGUUACUAGGAAUGCGACAGUCUGUGAUUGUUCAGGCGAGGACCCAAUCUGCAGCAGAUCGGUCUAUGGGAGAAGUGUGGCAGAUCAUCUUGAGUAUUAUGGGGUUAACCUACAUGCUGAUUCGAGGGGAACAUGUCAAUUUGUGAUUGGCGCAUCCAACUCAGCCUAUGGUGACAUUCUUCAAGUUGAUGGAACUAUCAUCUUAUCAAGAUAUCUGCAGGAACGAUAUCCUGUGGAAUCUAUCUAACCCUUAAGCUGAGGGUAAACUGUACAGUAUAUUAUUUUGUGUUUUGUGUAAAUAUUUCAUGUAAUGUAGACACACUGGGUGUUGUAGGAGCUCUCCUGAGGAUAAGGAAGGUUUUGCCUUUAGAAUGUGCCCCCCUUUACUCUAGUGAGAAUUGUAUAUGUCGACAUUGUAGGCACGUCAUAAUUGAUGCUCCUGAUGAUAUCACGGGCUCAAAUAAUAAUAAUAAUAACAGUUGAUAA